GCCAUAUAAUAAUGCUUCCGCGCUAUCGCUCAACACCACAAAAUCAAGGGUCCCCCGAUUUUUAUUCAUUUUGCUACAGUCCAAGAUACUAACAUGAUUGGCUAUUGCCUUCUCCUCGUGGUGGGAUUUCUGACCUCACACACCAGGGCGGAAUGUGAUGAUUAUGAUUACACUGCGGAUGGCUGCACUCUGGAUGCCACGUGCUAUAUGUCCUUAAUAGUGAACGGUAAAGGCGUUGGCAACGAUGGAUCCCCCAAGGAUACCUACAACAUCGGUGAGCGCAUGAGAGUGGUUUGUGACGAGGGCUACAUGAUCGACAGGGGCGACUCGGAGGCGACGUGUCAAGAUGAUCUGACUUGGAGCUGGAGAGUGGAGCCUCGAUGCGUUCCCAAACCUCCACCUCCUCCUUUGUGUACGGCAUCGAAGGAUAUGGUCGAAGGAAUGUACGUCAAUCGCACAGAGAAGGCGGCAGGCGGCGUCUAUUGGAAGCUCUAUGUGAAUUGUUAUGUGGAUGAGGACUACUACCUGCAUGGUCCCGGGGUGUACAUCUGCGAAGGAACUACAUGGAAGGGGAACAGCUUUUGCCUUAAGAGGCGUGUUUGUCCGAAGAUCACUGCGCCAAUCAAUGGCUUUAUCACAAUCGGAGACAUGAACUCUAGAAACGAAGGGGAUGAGGUCCAUUUCGGAUGCAAGAGAGGGUACACGUUAAUGGGGGAUCGGAGAUGGAGGUGCAAAUCGACGCUAAGUUGGUCUGGUUAUAACGUAUUUUGCGAAAAGGACCUGGGUAUCGCAGGAAUGGCAAAGGGAAUACAGGAAAACAUCAUCGAUAAAUUCAAGCAACAUACAGUUUCAGCGGCUAACAGGGGCCGGAUCUCCGCAUCCAAUGUUAAUGGAAUCGAUCUGUUCUUCCUGGUGGACCGAUCAGACAGCAUUUCGGCGGGCGAUUUUAAGAUGGCGCGGGAUUUCAUCAACACAUUGGUAGACUUUUUUGGAAUCUCUAGCAAAGGAGGAGCCACCAGACUCGCCGUAAUUUCCUUCGGAACCGACGCUAGGCUGGAACUGAGCUUUGACGUGAUUCAGAAAAUGGAAGAGUGUCUGAUUAAGGCCAAACAAGACGGGGAGAACAUUCAAGAUUAUGACGCUGCUUGGGCAAAGAAAUGUAUCAACGUCACAGCAGAUCCUCUGGGCGAUUACAACCCUAAAUGCACAGGAUUGAUUCCAGUAAACAUCCCGGCUGGGAUCAACGAGACCGAGAUCGGGAUGUCGCUGAAGGAACUGGUCAAACGCAAGAUCAAUUUGAUACAGUCGUCUGGCGGUGGCACCAACAUGGCAGAUGCUCUAGGCAUAGUGAGGAAGAUUAAAAUGCGAUGCAAUGCAGAAAAGGCUGUAUUCCUGAUGUCGGAUGGACGCGACAACAUGGUUACUAACCUAGCACUAGACGCCAUGUUGCAUGGUAUUCGUAGAUCAGUUGAUGAGAUAUUUGGCAUUGGCAUCGGGCAAGACCUGCACAUGGACCAAUUGGAGGCAAUCGCCAGCGAACCCAUAGCUAGACACGUUUUCCGUCUGAGGGACUUCAAGGAGCUCGCCAAGCUUCAGCAGUUGAUCAUUACCACACAGAAUGACUACAGCGCAUGCGGUGUUUCAACCGUACAGAGGACAAGGAGUGUGGUUGUCAAUAGAUCGAAAGUACAAGAAGCCAAACCGCGUUCUUGGCCAUGGCUGGUGAAAAUCUCCAAGAACCAGGGCCAAUUUCUUUGUGGUGGUGCCCUGGUAGCUAAGAACUACGUCCUCACCACAGCCAGUUGCCUGUACAGUGAGAGUGGCGUCCUGCUUGGACCUGUAGGGAAGUCUGACAGCCCCAUCACUGUAACGGUAGGAUACUUUGACGCGAACGAUAUGGGAGGUUGGCAAACAUCAGUGGCAGCGGAACUCAAAGUUUACACUAAUUUUAGCAUCGCACAUCCGAGGGUAAACGAUGUCGCGUUGAUUAGGCUUCGUGACGAUGUCCAGCUAAACUCAUAUGUUCGAAUACUCUGCCUUCCAGGUCCCGCCGACAGUAUCCUCUUCCAUAAAGUCAGGACAAGGUGGCUGGUUGGCUGGAAUUCGAGCAACGCGAAACCACUGAUGACAAUGACGGCAAAGCCGUGGGAGCGCACCAUGAAGCUGCACGGAAAGCGUGAUUGCAGCCGGGCGCAUUCGUAUACAGCUUCGCAGUCAUAUCUUCAGUGUAUGGGGGACAGGUACCAGAAACGCGGCUAUUGCGCCGGCGACAAGGGUUCUCCGAUCGUGGUUCCAGCUCAAGACAUUGACGGGAAGCCGAUCUACAAGGUGGUUGCCUUGGUCGAGGACGGCAGCGAGUGCAUGCGGCCGGGCAAGUUAACGGUGGUCACCCAAUUGACGUCGCGUUUCAUAAGUUGGAUCAAAGGGAACAUCAACUGAAAUGCCGUUGUUGGGAUCCAGAAUCCAAGGCCAAGAGAAGUCGAUCCCAUUGUAUAAAUUUUAGGACAGCUGCAGGGGUCGGUUGGCUUGCUUAACAUUCAUAUGUCUAAGCCUUGUGGGGUGGAAGUCUCCAGACAGCUUUAGAGACACUAUUUCUGAAUAAUGAUUACGUUCUCGCGAUCUGAAACAAACUUUCCAUCCCAUUUGUUGUAUUUUGCUUGUCGUAAGUUUGAGAGGAAGUUUCAUGCACAGCGCAGUGCGACCAUCGAAAAACCGUCUUCGGGAUCGCAUUCUCCAUGCCUCGGCAGCGUAUGCUUACAAACCUCCGCCUGGUGACCAGGGCGGCGUGAUUAUUGAGUCCGCAUCAGAUUCCAAGAAAACUGAGAUGGAAAUUGGCGCUCAAACUUUUGACAAUGACAUGAAAGAUACUGAUCUUGUGAAUAAUUCUAAUGAAAUGGCCAGGGCCAUUGUGCUCACCUCAUGUGGAGGAAAGAUGGAUUGGGGGUCACAUGACUUAAUUAGCAUAACCACGGCCCAGUGCAUUUUGAAUCAGUGCACAGUCUGUCUUUGGGCUGAGGUGUUUGGAAAAAACUGUCUCUCAUUUGGUGUUCGUCUUGGUGUUAGCUGCUCCAAGUUGGGUGAAGUACAACUUCUUUUCUACUUUCCAAAUCAGAAUUAGUAUCCCGUGUUAUCGUAUUACAUGUACAUGUAGUUGUAAUAAAACUAUGUUUUUAGUCACUCAA